AUGCGGUCACCGGUAUUCAAGGCGGAGCUUUAUGGGCCGAUGAGCGACAAAAGAACAGGGAGGAUAACCGUCAAGGAUAUGCAGCCUGGUGUCUUUAAGGCGUUGCUUAAGUUUAUCUACACUGAUUCAUUGCCUUCCAUGCUUGACCUCUGCGACAGUGACCAGAAAGAAAUGGUCAAGCAUUUGCUUGUGGCUGCAGAUAAGUAUGCCAUGGAAAGACUGAAGCUAAUCUGCGAAGGCAUUCUUUGCAGGAGUCCCGACGUUGAUUCUGUGGCGAUGACAUUAGUUCUGGCUGACCAGCAUCAUUGCAGCAACCUUAAAGAUGCUUGCGUUCAAUUUAUGCUCACGGCUAAUAGAAUGGAUGUUGUGCUGGCAAGCAAAGGCUACACACACCUUAAAAGGUCUUGUCCUCCUGUCAUAGUUGAUAUCUUUGAGAGGGCAACUAAGUCUCGCAAGAUUUUGUAA